GCCCAGCGCUAACUCGCCCCCUCCUCUCCGGCGGUGGCUGGCUGCGGCAGCUGUAGAGCCAGGCGGGGCUGGCGGAGGCGAAGGAGCAGCCGUGGAAUAUGGCGGACGGCGUGGACCACAUAGACAUUUACGCCGAUGUAGGAGAGGAGUUUAACCAGGAGGCUGAAUAUGGUGGGCAUGAUCAGAUAGAUCUGUAUGACGACGUCAUCUCUCCAUCUGCCAAUAACGGCGAUGCACCAGAGGAUCGUGAUUAUAUGGACUCUCUUCCACCAUCUGUUGGAGAUGAUGUGGGCAAAGGAUCAGCACCAAAUGUUGUCUAUACAUAUACAGGGAAGAGAAUUGCAUUAUAUAUUGGGAAUCUUACUUGGUGGACCACAGAUGAAGAUUUAACUGAAGCAGUUCAUUCACUUGGUGUAAAUGAUAUUUUGGAGAUAAAAUUUUUUGAAAACCGUGCUAAUGGCCAGUCUAAGGGAUUUGCUCUUGUGGGUGUGGGAUCUGAGGCAUCUUCCAAAAAGCUGAUGGACCUGUUGCCCAAAAGAGAGUUACAUGGUCAAAAUCCUGUUGUAACUCCUUGUAAUAAGCAAUUUCUGAGUCAAUUUGAAUUGCAAUCAAGAAAAAACUUAUGCGGAAGUCUGAAAAACAGAUUAAUGAAGAGCAAAGAGGUGCUGCAUUUGUCUACACAAUCAGGCCAGAUGUCUGGUGAAGGAAAAGCUGGUCCCCCAGGAGGCAGUUCACGAGCAACUUUUCCUCCAAGUAACAGAGGGAGGGGCCGUUUUCCAGGUGCCCUUCCCGGAGGGGACAGAUUUCCGGGACCAGCUGGACCCGGAGGGCCCCCUCCACCUUUUCCAGCUGGACAGACUCCUCCACGUCCACCUCUAGGUCCUCCGGGCCCACCAGGCCCACCAGGUCCUCCUCCACCUGGCCAGGUUCUGCCUCCUCCACUAACUGGUCCUCCUAAUCGUGGUGACCGUCCCCCUCCUCCAGUUCUGUUUCCAGGACAACCGUUUGGCCAACCUCCAUUGGGUCCACUUCCACCUGGUCCUCCACCUCCAGUACCAGGCUAUGGUCCUCCACCAGGUCCUCCACCCCCACAGCAAGGUCCUCCUCCACCUCCAGGUCCUUUCCCCCCUCGUCCACCUGGUCCUUUAGGACCACCCCUUACACUGGCUCCUCCUCCUCAUUUACCUGGACCACCACCAGGUGCUCCCCCUCCUGCCCCACACGUGAAUCCAGCUUUCUUCCCCCCACCAGCCAACAGUGGCAUACCUACAUCAGACAGUCGUGGUCCACCACCUUCAGAUCCAUAUGGCCGACCUCCACCAUAUGACAGAGGUGAUUAUGGGCCACCAGGCAGGCGUUUCACUGGAAAUAACAUGUCCAUAAGAGAACAAUUACAUAUGCCAUUGUAUUGGAGACAAACGAAAAAUAAUACUCAAAACGCAGGGAGAGAAAUAGAUGCUGCAAGGACACCAUUAAGUGAAGCAGAAUUUGAAGAAAUUAUGAAUAGAAAUAGGGCUAUCUCUAGCAGUGCCAUUUCAAGAGCUGUAUCAGAUGCAAGUGCUGCGGAAUAUGGAAGUGCUAUAGAAACCUUGGUGACUGCAAUUUCAUUAAUUAAACAGUCCAAAGUAUCUGCAGAUGAUCGCUGCAAAGUACUUAUUAGCUCUCUGCAAGAUUGUCUUCAUGGGAUUGAAUCAAAGUCUUACGGUUCUGGGUCAAGAAGACGUGAACGGUCAAGGGAGAGAGACCAUAGUAGAUCAAGGGAGAAAAGCCGGCGCCAUAAAUCUCGUAGCAGAGAUCGCCAUGAUGAUUACUACCGGGAAAGAAGCCGUGAACGUGAGAGGCAUCGUGACCGUGAUAGAGACCGUGAUAGAGAGCGUGAUAGAGAACGAGAAUAUCGUCAUCGUUAAGAGCAAAAUCUACAUCACAAAUUUUAACACAUUACAGCUGAAGGAAGAGGAGCACCUCACCGAAAAGAAAUGUAACUUCGUGGAAAGAGGCUUGUCCGGCAGUUUGCUUCUUGUGAUCGAACAGAGCUGUAAAGGAUUCAUGGAUAAAUUGAACAGGAAUAGAUCUGAAUAAAGCAAAUCUGCAUAUAUGGUAACCAGUAGCUCUCUUACUUUUUAUGUUGCUUAGCUGUUUUUAUUUGAAGGAACCUGUGUGAUUUAAAACAUAUAGCUUUUUGCAGCUAUUACUGGUUAUAUAUAUAUAUUUGACAAUUAAAAUGUGCAGGCAAUUGGAAAAAUGUCAAGUAAAUGCUUGUUUUUAUAGUAGUUGGUUCUUGUUUAAAUGUUCAAGAUAAUGUCUGUAAAGCGCACCAAUUUGAUUAUAAUAGAUGUAGUGUUGUAAUAAAAUGUUUGAUGGGGCUGAUGUGUAAAUCUGUUCGAGUUAUUUGAUGUUUACACCUCAGGGAGCGUCUUGUGUUCAGCAAUAUUUAAUGGUGUUAAAUGUCUCUAACAAAAUGCAUAUUUUUUACAAAUGCAUCAAUUUAUUGUAUUUGAUGAACUUUAUGAUGAAACUAGAAUAGAAAUCACAUUAUUAGUUUAUAGCCAGUUUUACAUAGAUGGUUUUUGAACAGGCCUAAACAUGUACCAAAAAAUUAGUGUUUCUGAUCCUUGUAGAUUGAAAAUUCCAUUGGGGAAGAUUUAGGCUUAAGUUGAAUUAAAGUGUACAAAAGACUUCUGUUGUAAUAUACAGAACUAAAUAACCCAUAUUUAUUUACAAAAUGUUAGAAAAAACAUUUUCAGAUGAUGGUCAUUCUUUACUUUUUUGUUAUGUCCUAUUUCCAAAUACUCUGAUAGUGUAUACAUAGACACACAGUUGUACACAGUAGGUACAAAAGAGUUCCCUAAAACAACAUGAAAAAUAAAAAUUCCAGUAGUUUCUUUAAACAGUAAAAUGUAGUUUGUCCUAAUAAGCAGAUGUAAAUUUGAUGUACUCCAGAUUCAACAGUAGAUUUAUAGUCAUGCUCAGCAAUGUUGUUUGUUGAUAAAAACAGACUUCUCAGAUUCUUACUUGCACCUGCCUAAUUUCUCCUUUCAAAGCUGUCAACAUUUUAAAUGUUUACUAUUUUCCCAAAUUUACUGUAAUUGGUUUGUGAAUUAAUGAAAAUCAUUUUUAAUAUUUAAUCAAUAUCUUAAUAAAUUGGAUUAUAAAUUUGAUGAGAUAUGAAAUUAAAUACACCAUAUAUAUUCUCCAAUUAUAACUUAAUAAAAACCAUGAUCAGUCUUGGGUUUUUUAAUUAAUAUAAUUGUGUAAUAAUAAUUUUCAAUAGCAUCCUUGACCCAUCUACAGUUUUUAAGAUAAAUGAAGCAUACAUAGUAAAAUAUAUGUGUGUUUCAGUUAUAUACAUCAUAAAGUAUUAUCUGGAUCUAUGUUUCGGUUUACCCGGAGUAAAUCCCUUUGAAAGUGGAAUUACAUUUAAGUAAAUAUUCAUACUAGUAUGUAUCCACUCCUUAUUAGCUGCACAUGGAAACACUCAAAUUUCUAUACAUAAUCCUGCUCAGAGUAGAAAUAAAAUCUCUCUCUGACAGUUAUCCAAUAUGACUUACUUUACAUUCUUAUAAAAGUCAGUUUAUCAUGUGCUUAGCUCAGUUAGUGCAACUUAACCUACUGUAUAGGCUUGUCUGUUUCAAAUUAAUUUUUAGUUGUAAAUAACUGGAGUUGUAUGGAUAUGUUAAUGUUCACUGAAAAUAUUUUUAUAAUGGCUGCCUUUAUCAUUUUUGUACAUUGGACAUUCUUAUGAUUCAUUCUUGGUUUAUUUUCUUGAUCUAACACAUUUUUAUGUGAAAUUGGCUUCUGUUAACCAUAUUUUAUUAUCAAUUUACCUAAUUAGUAUGUGGAAAUGUUAAUAUUAGUUUUGAUUUAGCCUCCAAUUUCAUUGUGUGUGUGUGUGUGUGUGUGUGUGCGUGCGUGUGGGUGUCUAUAUGUAUAAAUAGGUAGUUCAGAAGUAAAAAUUGAUUGAACUAAAAUAUUAAGAUGUUUGGGUCCAUAUACUCUUUAUUUAAAAGUUAUACUUAAGGUUUUGAGUUGUUUCCUUUGUGCAGAGCUGAAUAGGUAUAUAAUCAGAAAAUGGGAAAUUGCUCACAUACUUGGAAUUGCUUGUUUAUGUAGGGUGGUUGUCAUAGCCCUAAGAAUUCCAGUGCAGUAAUGCAUUUUUAAUUAGCUAGAAUGUGCACAAAGAAUCUGGACUAAAAACUGGAAAAACCAAAAGCUGAAGAAACAGCCAGGUAAGUUAGAUAUGCAUCAUGGAUGAAUUUUAUUUGGAAAACUAAGUAUCCAAGAACCAAAAUGAAAAUAAUUUAAAAUCAUAACUUACUUUAGUGUAACUUUUUACAGUUGAAAAGUAGUGUUAUUGCUGUAUAUAGAAUAUUUUAUGUUUUCUUAAGAUUUCCAUUGCUGGCAGUGGAUUUGCCAAAAAAUCAAAGUAUGAAUGGUUUUUUUGGAUAACUUUUUAUAUAAGUUGUGUGAAAGUUUCUGAUGUGUGGUAGUAAAUUGUGGGUAAAAAUUAUUUUCUAAUCUGAAUUAUUAAUUUCAAUUAACAUUUAAAGGAUUCCAAAGAUAUUAAGACAAAUGAAGGCAUUCCAGUUGUGUUAUGUCUGUGAGCAAACUCAGGAUAUAAUAUUGUACAUACUCACCAGACAGUAACAAAAAUCUGGAUAUUUUCUAGGCUUCUUUUUGUUUGUUUGUUUGGAUUUCUGUAUUUAUUCUGUUUCUGACAGGAAAAUGUGUCCAAGUAGGUACUUGAUAUUCUGUAAAUAGAUAUUCGAUUAAAAAGAGCUAUUUUAUGUUUUUAUCAAUAUAAAUUGAAAGCAAAACACAGAACUAAAUUGAUUAAUGUCCUUAGGUAUGUCAGCAUCUGCCUAUAAUAUCACUGUCACAUUUCUUAAUGUGUAUGGUUGCAGCAGGUGGUACUCCUUGAACUAAUUCAAACUUAAGCCAGAGCAGCAAAAUUAUUAAUUGGAUAGUUUUUCUCUCAAUGUAUUGAGCUAACAAUACAUAUAGCUGGAUAACUUUGUUUUUAGAAUAAGUUUUCAAAUUGCAUACUAACCAGAUAUGCACUCUUUCAUUGUCAUAUUUAAAAUCUUGCCCAUUAGCUAUCAUGUGUCUGUCCAAAAGCCUGAUUGCAAAUAUUACAGUGGGAAUGCAAUGCAUGUUACUUAUGUUUAGAUUUCGUAAUUAAUUUUAGAGUGAAAAUCCUGAUUAGUUUUGAGAUUGUGUGUGCUUGACUGAUUUUGAUUAUUCCUGGAUUAUUUGGUUGUUCAAGUUUUGUCAAAUAUGAACUGCAGGUUUUAAAUGUAUAUAAUGACUUCAGUUUUAAAAACUUUUGUAAAUACAAUAUUAGAUAGCGGUUAGAUUCUCACUCCAUCUUCAGCUUACUACUAUUUUUUAUAUGUAGGGUCUUAUUCACAUUGUUUACUUGUUUGAUGUAAGAUUUCACAGCCUUAAAAUGCAGCUUUUAAUGUAAAAGCAUUAAACAUACUGUGUAAAAUGUGCAUACUUCAACUGUUUGUCAAUCUUAAAAAUCUGAGAAAUAGGAAAAAUUGUGUUAAUGAAAAUAACAUUUUCAUCUGAGCAAGAAAAAAUAGUAGGGAUUUAUUUAACAACCAGAUAGUUAAUCUGAGAACAAGGUAUUUUAAAAAGCACAUUAGAAAUAUUUUAUAUAAGAAACUUUGAUACUCCUUAUGUAUGUGUACAUACUAUGCCAUCAGCAAACAUGCACAUGCUUAUGCGAACUCUUAAUACAUUUUCAUUUCCAUCAAAUAUUGCUUUCUCUCUUUGCAGUUGUAAAUUAUUAGUUUAAAUAAAAAUAAUGCCACAGUAUCCAUAUUACAAAUGUAGAUUAUUUCAAGCUUUUGGGGUAGAGUCUUUCAAAUCAAAAGCCACUUUUGAGAAGACAUUCUCUGGAAUAGCACAUGGGACUGCAGCAGGGCAAAAUGAAAGAAUGCUCUAAAACCAUAUUAUAUAAGCAGUAACAUUUCUGUUUUCAUACAUUUCUAGUCCAAUUCUGCUGAGAUCCAAAAAUGCAAUAAACGUGGAAUUCUGCCACACUUUGGAUUUAGAAGCAAAUAGUGCUUCAAAUCAUGCAGAGACACAAAUGUAAUGCCUGUCUGCAACACCUUAAAUAAGUAUUUUUCUGAACUCGCACACCUGCAUCAUGAAGUUGGGAAAGGAGCGUAACUACUUUGAAGUGAUACAAACUGAUGAUAUGUUUGUCCCUUAUAUACUCUGAAUACUUUUUUGCCUUUGAAUUUGAAGUGCUGCUGAGCCCCGCUUUCUCCAUGGAGAAUGACAUCUUUUUUAUAUUGUAUUAAACUUUGGGGAUUAGACGAUUUUACAAUUUUCUCCCAACUCUGAGACAAUUUA